GUGCGCGUGGGUUGUGUCUUUGUUCGACGUACCGUACCGGUGAGAAAGGACGUAUGGGAGCUUGCAUCGGGAAGGAUAACGUACGGGCGGACGGUAAUAAUCGAGGCGCAUAUACCAUAGCCGUACAUACGCACAUGAACGCGCGCUAUACAUAGGUGCGGUAAGUGGUGGGCUGGCGUUUUCUUUUUAGCUAAAGGGCAAGAGCCGCGUUUCCCGAGGGCGUUUACGUUUUGUAUUUAUCUUUGUAGCUCUGUGCUUUGCUAGUUAUCGGCUUUUGUUGCUUUUGGUGUAGAGUUAGUUGACACUAUUAUCCUACUCCGCCACCACCAUAUCCACACCCACACCCACACCCCUUACCUUAUCUUUCUUGGACAGUGGAAGCGAUGGGUAUCUUCGGGUUUUCGGGCGCGAGAGAGUGGAAUUUCGAUCUGGACCGUUAUAUCAAUCGUGUUGUUCCUGCGUCGCAGUUGCCCAAGCUACCAACGCUAGUGGCGAGGUUCCUGGGGUAUAGGAAGGAGGCGCAGCAGCAGGAUGUCGGGAAUGUACUUGGGGCGUUCUGGUCGUUGGUCGGGGCGUUUUGCGGAUUGGCGGUUGUGGCGGCUGUGUUUAACAACACGGAGAGUAUACAGUGGCAUCGUCCUCCAGCGCUGAUUGCUUCUUUUGGUGCUUCUGCGAUUCUGGAGUACAACUCGAUCCGUUCGCCUCUCGGGCAGCCGCGAAAUGCCCUGCUGGGUCAUACCUUUUCGGCUCUUAUUGGUAUCGGCAUAUCGAAGUUGUUUCAGCACCAUUCGGACUACGAUUCGGUCAAGUGGGUUGCUGGCGCCAUAGCUUGUGGCUGUGCAUCCGCUUUUAUGCUCUUGACAAAUACCGUGCAUCCACCCGGUGGUGCAUCUGCGGUCCUUGCAGUAACGGAACCUGUUAUCACGGCUAUGGGCUGGUAUUUUGUCGGACUCGUCAUGUGGGGUACUACAUUGAUGCUGGCGGUUGGGCUGAUCGUUAAUAACAUCCAACGCCAAUUUCCAAUGUACUGGUGGACGCCACUGGAUGUACGCAAAGCAAAGCUGCAGGACGAAGAAGUGGUGCCAGAUGCAGGCGGCAGCGUAGAAAGAAAGAAAGACAGCGAGGAACAAGACUACGACCGAGAAGGACAGCGAAUAAUAAUCAACGGCGCAGAAGUCAUACUACCAAAUGAUUUGAGUCUGAAUGCAGAAGAGACCAAGGUGCUGCAGAGGUUGAGAGAACGGUUACGGAAAAGGGUUGAUAUGGAAGGAAGAGAAACCUGUUUGGAAAAGGAAGAUGGCAGUGAAAGGAGUAGUGCUGAGUUUACAAUUGUUUCGAGUAAUGUUGGGAGUAGCCGGUCUGGUAUAUAGGCU